UCAGCUCAUCAGACGUGUCGAUCUAACAGAAAUAACGUUUUUGACGGAAAUUUCCAAUUGUGGAUGUUUAUUGUUCAUUUGAAUACUUGGAAUUUCGUGGCAUUUGAAAAACUAACAAAUUUGCCGAGCAAAUUUCUCUAUUCAUCACUGGAUUUCUGGCGAGGAUAUUUGCAAAGUUUAGCGCCUUCUAGUUUACUUUACAUAAAGGCUGAAUGUCCUGAUGGGUUAGGGUCGAGCAACAUUUCUCGUUUUUCAUGCGACAUCUGCAAAGUAGGUUUUUACUCUGAAGCAGAGACGAAAAAAUGCCGCCAAUGUCCAAACGGAACGACGACAAGACAAGAGCGUUCAUCACAGCUGACCGACUGCAACCUUUGUGUCACAGGUUACUGUCGUCAUGGAAGAUGUUUGGUGGUGAGUAACAGCUUAACGCAAGUUCCCAUAUGUGCGUGCACUUUCGGUUUCACCGGAUCUCACUGUGAAGACGCAACUUAUUAUUACAUUGGAACGGGAGUUAUUCUUGUUAUAGGUAUUAUUACUAUACUCGUUGUGGUAUUGCGGCGUAUCACCAAAAAACGAAGAGAACGAGAAACGUCUUUCCGUCGUCACAUACAAAUUUUGAAUGAUGCGUGGCAGAUCAGUUGGCAAGAAAUAGAACUACAGGAGGAAAUAGGAGGAGGAGCUUCGGGAAAAGUGUGGAAAGCGCAAUACCGUAAUAUAGACGUUGCUGUGAAAAUGCUGAUUAACAAUGAUGAAUCACAAUCGUCGUUGGAAUUUACAGCAGAAAUCAAAUUUAUGCAAACAAUGCGUCAUCGUAAUAUUGUACUUUUCAUCGGAGCCGGUAAAUCAAGUCCACAAGCGCAACCGUUUCUUGUCGUCGAGUUUGCUCAUCGAGGUUCUUUACGUCACGUACUGGAUGAUGUCAGUAUUGAAAUAGAUCAAAAUCGUAAAAUAGAUUUUGCUCUAGACGCUUCGAAAGGAAUGGAAUUUCUUCACAAAUUGGACCCACCGAGAAUUCAUCGAGAUUUGAAGAGUGAGAAUUUACUCGUUUGCAAAAGUUGGAUUGUCAAAGUGGCUGAUUUUGGUCUUGGAAGACUCUUUGAUUGUGCACAAAGAAAUCGGCGAUCAAAGCGAAACAAUUCAUUGAACAGCAAUAACUCAGAAAGCGAACUUCUAGUUGAGAUGAGAGAUUUGUCUGAAGAUGGUAUUGGGACAGUGAGAUGGAGUGCACCAGAGUUAGCACGUCGAGAGCGCUACGAUGGAUCAAUCGAUGUCUACAGUUUUGGAAUUGUGCUUUGGGAGAUUUGGUCACGUGGUUUUCCUUUCGAGCAGUAUCGGUUUGCUCACCAAGUAGACGAUGCCGUGGAAAGAGGUGAGCGUCCUGUCGUUCCAGACGAUUGCCCGGAGGGAUAUGCAACCGUAAUGCAAGCUUGCUGGGCAGAAAGAGCUUGGAAACGACCCUCGUUUAGGGAAGUUGUUAGCUUUCUGGAAAACAUGCAUGUGGAAGAUGCUUGCUAGAGUGACUACACGACAGUUUGAAUUUGGUCAUUUGCUAGUUUAGAUAUUGACAUGUAAGUUUAGCUGUUAAUUAGAGGCAUAGAAGAUUAGAUUGCUAGCAUACGAUACUAUAGAAUUAGGAGUUUUAGUCGUAAAAAUUAUUAGGAGAGAGUUGUUGUUUAGCCAAAUAAACACGGAUAUUUAGCGCACGUUA